UCAGAUCAGACCAGACCAGACCGACCGACCGACCGACAAGGACAACAGCUUUCACAGCACACCACAUCUAGCGACUGCGGCCAUAACGGUGCAGCGAGCGCUGUGUGCAUCUUCAGCAUUCGUAGCAUCCAUGACUUAAUGAGAUUGCAGACUAGCUAUCGUGUUGCAAACGCACAACGGUGACAUCAACAAAAGUGGCAACAAAUUGAUACCAACACACUCGUGGAAGAUGAGGAGGAAUCGCUAUAGUCGACAAUGGCUAGUCAAUCAACAUGAGGAGAAUGUCAAAGGCCAAAAAUGUGUCCUUUACAAAGACGGCAGGAAUACAGUACCCUGUCCCAAUGUCGAUGCCCAUACCCAAGUCCAUGACCCUUACCACCACCACCAAGGGGCGGGGAGGCUGGCGUUAAUGCAGCUGGCAGGCAGGACAGAAGACAGCCAAAGUCAUGGCAAAAAGUGUGCAACGUCACAAUUCCGCAUGGCGGAAAGAUCGCGAGAUCGUCUUUACCAAAUACUAGAAGUAUUAUUAGCAGUAGUAUUAGUCAAUUUUCUAGUAUGUAGGCUAACCCACUUGCCCAUGGCCCUGGCUGCAUUCGGAAGCUUCCAGCCGGAAAGCGGCUAUCGCAGCCACCCCAACGCCGAAACAAGUUUUGACGAAAGCGGGACACCUUUUGUGGACUCCGAGGAGGAGGAGGAGUCAUACUAUCGCCAAGCGCACAGUAUAGGCGGAUCGGCUUUCGGCUACAAUGGCCUACAGUUGCAGCAUAACCUGGACGACAGCCUGCUGCGAAGUCAGAAUUUUAAGAUCAGUCCCAAACCCUGUUCGAUUGGCCGCAUUGAGGGCACCUGCAUGUUUGUGUGGGAGUGCAUAAAGUCGGAGGGGCGCCAUGUGGGCAUGUGUGUCGACUCCUUUAUGUUUGGCUCGUGUUGUGCCCACAACUACACAGAAAACAUAGUGCUGCCCAAUACCUUCUCGUAUACCAGGCCCACUAAACCCAUUGGCAUGGGUAGCAUGAAUCAUCGGCCACGACCACCCCAACAUCCUCACAAACCAAGUAUACUGGGAAUGACCACCAUAGAGAGGCCACAUGGAGCAGGAACUUUGGUUAUACGGCCUUCGGGUCCCCAUCAUCAGGGUCCAUUGGUUAAACCCAAGCCCCCAUAUAGCAGCACGCCCGCCGCUUCUUCAACUCAUAGCAGCACCACCACCUCAACCACAGAUAAUCCCUCGUUGUUAUGGACCUCGAACACCUUGGUUGACGAUCUGCAAUUCUCUGCCAGCAUACCAUCAGCUACCACAGUGAACCAUCAACAACAACAUUGGCAUUUGACAACGGAGCCCAACUUCAUCACCAAACCCAGGCCCCCUGCUUGGGAAAAGCCAGGAACUUUCAGACCGAAGCCGCCCAAACCCAGCAAGAAACCAACAACACCUGUGGACUGGCAUACCACACAGACCCAAUUGACAUAUGUGUCGCCCUCGUUUAGUACACAUUCCACCCGGAAACCCACCACCGGUCCACCCACUCAAUACUCUACUUCCACGCCAUGGAAGUCUUCGACAACCACCACAACGAGUGCAUUGACAACAACAACAACAACGACAGCUGAAACAACGACCAAGCGGACAUCAACAACAACAACAAGGCCUCAGGUUGUGGCACAAAGUAGCAGACCGACAUCCGUGCCUGGGCCCAGUACGAACUAUGUAAAGCCAACAUUGGGCAGUAGUGCAGGAACAGCGACGGCUGCGUCUACAUCAUCGUCCAGGCCCCCAACGAGCUCAACGACAUCGAAGAGGCCGACGACGACAACGGCAGCAAUGGCGUCGGCAGGUGUAUUGCCCACGAAAACCACACACAGACCCAUCUCGUCUUCACAGCCAUACACAAGUACGGUGAUGGCUACCACCACUCUGCCAGUUGCAGCGUCCGCAAUAUCUUCACCAUCCACAUUGAACACACUGGCCUCCAACAACCUGAGCGUCAUUGAAUCGAAUGAAAUUGGCGAUAACUCGGACGAUAGUGGAAGCGCCACAAUAAAAACCGUGUCGGCCGCUCGCAGUGAAUGUGGAUUGCCUGUUUUAACUCGACCGGAAACACGCAUAGUCGGCGGUAAGAGCGCCGCCUUUGGUCGUUGGCCUUGGCAGGUCUCUGUGCGACGUACCUCUUUCUUUGGUUUCUCCAGCACACACCGUUGUGGCGGUGCCCUGAUCAAUGAGAAUUGGAUUGCCACAGCCGGCCACUGUGUCGAUGAUCUUUUGAUCUCGCAAAUACGCAUUCGAGUGGGCGAAUACGACUUCGCGCAUGUCCAAGAACAGUUGCCCUACAUCGAGCGGGGAGUUUCCAAAAAGGUGGUCCACCCCCAAUAUAACUUUUUUACCUACGAGUAUGACUUGGCUUUGGUCAAGAUGGAACAGCCUUUGGAAUUCGCUCCCCAUGUUAGCCCCAUAUGUUUGCCACAAACCGAAAGCUUGCUGAUAGGAAUGAAUGCCACAGUAACAGGUUGGGGUCGUCUAAGUGAGGGUGGCACAUUGCCAUCGGUUCUGCAGGAGGUCUCAGUGCCCAUUGUAAGCAAUGAUAAUUGCAAGAGCAUGUUCUUGAGGGCAGGCAGGCAAGAGUUCAUACCCGAGAUAUUCCUAUGUGCCGGUUAUGAAAAUGGAGGCCAGGACUCCUGCCAAGGAGAUUCUGGAGGACCUCUGCAGGUGAAAUCCCAAAAUGGUCACUAUUUCUUGGCUGGCAUCAUUUCCUGGGGCAUAGGUUGUGCCGAGGCCAAUUUGCCAGGGGUCUGCACGCGAAUUUCAAAGUUUGUGCCUUGGAUCAUGGAAAAUGUGACGUGAUCACGUGGCACUAGAGCCGCCAAUUCGUCCAUUCCUAGCAAUAAGGCCCACUGUAAAUAGUUACUUUACGAUAAAUUGUUAACACUUUGUUUUUGUAGUUGUAUGCAAGUCUUUGAAUUACUUUUAAAUGUUUAACAUUAAUUUAUGUGAUCUAAUUUAUUUUAUAUUUAUGUAUCUAUGUAUGUAUGUAUGUAUGUAUUUAUCUAUCUGUCAUAAGUUGUAGUUAGCCUCAAUUGCCUACCUUCGAUUCUUGUUUGUAUAUCUCAAUCCGCCCACGCCCCCAUUCACCCAUUUUAUUGGUGCACGCAUUCGUGUUCCAAAUGUAUCCCCGUCAAACCCGCCCUGUAAAUAUGUACUAAAAAAAGAAAACAAGUCAUGUGUAUUUUUAUAAAAAUUUAUGAUAAAUAAUUAAAGAAAAUAAAUCUGAAAAAAACUAUUGUCUUGCCCAAAGAA